GGCAGCCUCUAGCCAGUUAGGUGGAGAGAGAGCGUGUGUGUACGUGUGUGUGUCUGACCACAGGUAGUAUUCAGAUUACCCUGCCCUGUUCUGUUCUCUGCCAUCUGACCAGGACGGUGCUGCCCAGCCAGUCAAAGCCCUGGAAUUUCCCAGGAGCUGGGGGAGCAUGGAAUUUGGACUUUUCCUGAACAACUGAAGCGGAGCUUGCCCAGCCCAGGAGAGCACCAUGGAUGGUGAACCACGGGGCAGCAACGGCAGUAAGCCCCUGAGGCUGGGAGACUCUCCGGACGUCAGGCUCCUUUCCAACCCAUUGAUGGGGGAUACCGUGUCUGAUUGGUCUCCUGUGCAUGAAGCAGCCAUUCAUGGACGUCUGCUGUCUUUGAGGAACCUCAUCAGCCAGGGGUGGCUCGUGAACCUCGUCACGGCAGAUCGUGUGUCCCCGCUCCAUGAAGCCUGUCUCGGAGGUCAUCCCUCCUGUGCAAGCAUUUUAUUAAAGCAUGGAGCUCAGGUGAACCGUGUUACCACAGAGUGGCACACCCCCUUGUUUAAUGCUUGUGUCAGCGGCAGCCUGGACUGUGUGAAUUUGCUUCUGCAGCAUGGAGCCAGUCCCCACCCUGAGAGUGAUCUGGCGUCCCCCAUGCACGAAGCUGCUAAGAGAGGCCACGUGGAGUGCAUUGAGUCUCUUGUGGCUCAUGGGGGCGACGUUGAUCGUAACAUCAGCCACCUGGGCACACCGUUAUAUUUGGCUUGUGAAAACCUGCAGGUGGCCUGUGCCAAGAAGCUUCUGGAAUCAGGAGCGAGCGUGAACCAAGGCCGGGGGCUGGAUUCCCCUCUGCACGCGGUGGCCAGGGCGUCCAGUGGGGAGCUGGCCUGCCUGCUCAUGGACUUUGGAGCAGACACCCAGGCCAGGGAUGCUGAAGGCCACCGUCCCUUGGAGCUGGUGCCUCCAGAGAGCCCCCUGAGCCAGCUCUUCUUGCAGAGAGAAGGUGCUUCUCCUUUGCCUGAAUCUAAGCCCUAAUCCAUAGACUCCUGUGGGCUCUAGCAGGAGGCAGGGCCCCCUUCUUUGAUGCAGUUAUGCCGCCUUAGAAUUUGGAAGUGCUUUGGGAUCAAGCAGCAUCAUAAGAUCACCGGACUCAGCCUCCCUGAGGAGCUGAAAUGGUUUCUCCUCCACAUUUAAAUGUGUCAAGGGAAUGGCAUCACAAACGACAGACAAACGUUAUCGAGUGUUGAGGCCACUGGGAUUUUAAAAUAAAGUCAGGUUGAUUAGA